AUGACGCUGAGCGCGCAGGAGCUUGCCCAGCUUCGGCUCGCUCUGCAGGAUGCCGUCAUAAAAUGCUCCGAGAGAUGUCUUUACCAGUCGUCUAAGUGGGCCGCCGAGCUUCUCAACGCCCUUCCCGAACCCGAAGACGCCGACGAGGAUCUGGAUCUUGCCCAGGAAAAGUCCGUGUCGCCCAUAUUUACCCCCAACCUCGACCCGGAAGAGGCUGCUCUGGAGGCGAGAGAGCUGAGCAAGUACCUGCUUGCCAAGUCCUUCUUCGACUGCAAGGAGUUUGACCGAUGCGCCGCCGUCUUCCUCCCCGAAUCCCUCCUCUCCGCCGUUCUUGCCUCCCAUUCGGAAGUGGCCGGAGAGUCGACGCAGAUGGGAAGAGGCAAGGCCAUGGCUUCCGAGGCUCGGCCGUCCAACGCCACUCCGCUGCCCAAGAUGAGCCAAAAGAGCUUGUUCCUUGCCCUCUACGCCAAGUUCAUGUCGGGCGAGAAGCGCAAAAAUGAGGAGUCUGAGAUGGUCAUGGGUCCUCAGGACCUCGGCACCGUUGUCAACAAGCAGCUGCUCGUCACCGGGCGAUAUCUGGCCGCCUGGUUCGACGAACGAACGACCGACGACGAGGAGGUCCUCGGCAGCCAAGGUUGGCUGGAGUACCUGUAUGGUAUGGUGCUCGCCAAGGAGAAGAACGAUGCCAAGGCCAUGGAGUUUUUCAUUCGAAGCGUCCACAGGUACCCCAUGAACUGGGGCUGCUGGCUCGAAAUGACUUCUCUCAUUUCCAGGGUAGAAGAGUUGAACCGAAUAUCGAGACAUUGCCCUCAAAAUAUCGUCUCCUUCAUGUUCCACCUCCACACCUCGCUCGAGCUCUACCAGCAGUCGCCCAGCCUUGCCAGCAACCUCGAGCAGCUUCUUGCCAUCUUCCCAACCUCGUCCUUCCUCCUCACCUGCAACGCCCUUCUUGCGUACCACGCCAAAGACAUGAUGGCGGCUGAGCAGCAUUUCAGCCGACUGCUUGCCCUCCACCCUCAUAGGCUUGAUUCCCUCGACGACUACUCCAAUAUCCUCUACGUAAUCGGCCUGCGGCCAAAGCUCGCCUUUCUUGCACACCUGUGCUCGAGCGUUGACAAGUUCCGGCCCGAAUCCUGCGUCGUCAUCGGAAAUUACUACUCGCUCAUCUCGAUGCACGAAAAGGCAGUCCAGUACUUCCGCAGAGCCCUGACCUUGGACAGGUCUUGCCUCUCGGCCUGGACGCUGAUGGGACACGAGUACGUCGAACUCAAGAACACGCACGCGGCCAUCGAGUCGUACCGGCGGGCCGUCGACGUCAAUCGGCGCGACUACCGAGCCUGGUACGGGCUCGGCCAGACGUACGAGAUGCUCGAGAUGCACACUUACUCGCUGUGGUACUACAAGAAGGCCGCAGGUCUCCGACCCUGGGACGGCAAGAUGUGGCUGGCCGUCGGCUCGUGCCUGCAAAAGAUGGGCCGAGAACGCGACGGCAUAAAGGCCCUCAAGCGAGCGCUCCUCGCCGACGCCUAUUACGACGUCGGCAGCAGCUUUGGCAGCGGGGGCGACCUUCUCGGCGCCCGUGGGGCUACCGGCCAUAUGGACCCCGAGAUCCUGCUGCAGAUCGCCGUCAUGUACGACCAGCUCGACGAGGAGGAGGAGUCCAAGGCGUACAUGGAGCUCUGCGUCGCCCAGGAGGACGGCGGCGCGGCGGCGACGGCAGCCGACGGCAGCCUCGGCGGAUCCGCCAUGCGGCACAACGACUCGCCCACCGGCUCGGACGACGGCCGAGAUCGCGACAGAGGCUACGGCGGAGCGUCCGAGGGCACUGGCGUCACGGCGGUGACGAGCAAGGCCCGCAUGUGGCUUGCCCGCUUCGCCAUGCGCACGGCCGAUUACCAAACGGCCAACCGGCUUGCUACCGAACUUUGCCAGGACGGUGUCGAAGUCGAGGAGGCCAAGGCCUUGGUGCGCGAGAUCAGGUCCAUCUUGGAGUCGGUCGCUGGCGGCUACGAUGCCGCGGGCUAG